UGUGAUGGAGAGUCAUAACACUUACAUUUUGAUUCUUUCAUUGAAGUCGAUGCUUGGUUGAGACGCUUCACUAGGGAGCAUCAAUGGCGGUUUUCAAUCUACUCCUUGUUGCGUUUCCUUUCUUCUGUUUGUCAAUAACCUCCCUUGCGGCGGACACCAUUCGUGUGAAUCAAUCCAUCAGAGAUGGUGAAAGCGAAACCUUAAUUUCCGCGAACGGGACUUUCGAGUUGGGAUUUUUCAGCCCUGAACUAUCGAGUAAUCGUUACAUAGGAAUAUGGUAUAAGAAGAUAUCUCCUAAGAAAGUGGUUUGGGUUGCCAACAGGAACAACCCUAUCAAUGAUACAAAUGGAGAAUUGUUACUAGCAGAGCAGGGAAACUUGAUCCUUAUGAAUGCUACCAAAGGAACUGUUUGGUCUACUAAUUCACCAAGCUUAGCUACUAAUCCAACUGCUCAACUUUUGGAUACUGGAAAUCUUCUUGUCCAAGGCAAUGGAAAUGGAAAUGUUGUGUGGCAGAGUUUUGAUUAUCCGACUGAUACAUUUUUACCAGGUAUGAAGCUCGGGAUAUACUUGGUUACUGGCAUGAAUCGAAAGCUAACAACCUGGACGAGCAUCAACGAUCCUUCAUUGGGUGACUACACGUUUGAGAUCGAUCCCGAUGGACUGCCUGAGUUUUUCCUCGAGAAUGAUUCGAAGAUGGUAUACAGGACUGGAUAUUGGAAUGGUAUAACGUUUAGUGGGGUAAUCUUUCUAGGACCGAAUAAUCCGGUUUUUACAGCCGAUUUUGUUUCCAAUGAGAAGGAGAUCUAUUUCAAAUAUGAACUUAAAAAUAAGUCGGUUCUUUAUAGGAUGGGUGUAACCCCAGAUGGCACCAUCGAGCGGUUCAUAUGCGAUGAUCCCGCCCGAGGAUGGAGGCCGUAUUUCAACGUAAUGUUGGAUACAUGUGAUCAAUAUAAAAUAUGUGGUGCAUACGGUAGUUGCAACAUCAAGAAUUCCCCAGUAUGUAGCUGCAUGAAAGGGUUUGUGCCUAAGGAUCCCAAUGAUUGGGAAAAAGCUAAUUGGUUACACGGAUGUGUCCGGAAAGUCCCGUUGAGUUGCGAAAGAGGAGAGGAUUUUCUCGAGUACCCCGGAAUCAAGUUGCCAGAAACGAGGAAGGCUUGGUACGACCGGACCAUAGACCUUAAACAAUGCAAGAACCGAUGUUUGAGGAAUUGCUCUUGCACUGCCUUUGCAAAUCUUGAUGUUAGAGAUGGAGGAAGUGGCUGCAUACUUUGGUUUGGUGAUCUGAUUGACAUCAGGGAGUAUGAAGAAAAUGGACAGACUAUUUAUGUGAGGAUGGCUGCCUCUGAAAUAGAGGCAUUUAAGCUUUCGAAAGGAAAGAAAAGGUUGAAGAUGAUUAUAAUCCCUAUUACUACAUGUGGUGGAAUACUUGGGAUUUGCUUAGGCAUUUUCUUGAUCAUGAGGAUGAAGAAAGGAAGCACACAACAAGACGUAGAAGAGCAAGAAGACAACAAUGAAAGAGGGAAAGGAGAUUUAGAAGUACCAUUAUUUGAUUUUCAGACAAUCUCUAUAGCCACUAACAAUUUUUCACUGCAAAAUAAGCUCGGACAAGGUGGCUUUGGAGCAGUCUACAAGGGAGUAUUGGAAAAUGGACAAGAAAUUGCUGUGAAAAGGCUUUCAAAGAAAUCAGGCCAAGGAAUUGAUGAGUUCAAGAAUGAAGUGUUGUGCAUCUCUAAGCUUCAACACCGCAACCUAGUCAAGCUUUUAGGGUGUUGCAUUGAGCCACAUGAAAGACUUGUGAUUUAUGAGUUCAUGCCAAACAAGAGCCUAGACUCCUUUAUAUUUGAUGAAAGGCAAAGGAUAUUGCUAGAUUGGCCUAAGAGAUUCCAAAUUAUCAAUGGAAUUGCUAGGGGACUUCUUUACCUUCAUCAAGAUUCAAGACUUAGAAUCAUACACAGAGAUUUGAAAGCUAGUAAUAUAUUACUCAAUUAUGAAAUGACUCCAAAGAUUUCAGAUUUCGGCUUGGCUCGAAGUUUCGGAGAAGACCAGAUCGAAGCUAACACGACGAGAGUGGUUGGCACAUACGGUUAUAUGUCUCCUGAGUACGCGAUCGAUGGCUUGUUCUCUAUAAAAUCUGAUGUAUUCAGUUUCGGAGUUUUGGUGUUAGAGAUAAUAACUGGAAAAAGAAACAGGGGAUUCUCUCAUCCAGACCACAAGUUCAACCUUCUUGGACAUGCAUGGAAGCUUUUAAACGAAGAGAGGUCAUUGGAAUUAAUAGAUGAAAAGGUUAGGAGUUCAAGCGAAAUAUCCCAAGUGUUGAGAUCGAUACAAGUGGGUCUCCUAUGCGUGCAACAAUGUCCAAAAGACAGACCAGACAUGGCAACCGCAGUUUUGAUGCUGAGUAGCGACAACAUUCCUUCAUUACCUCAGCCUAAAGAACCAGGCUAUUUCGCUACAAGAAUUGUCCACCAUAACCGUGACCCUUCUUUCUCGACCAAUCUCAGCCCUCCAUCUAAUUCACUGUCCAUAACACUCCCAGGACCUCGUUAGUAAUUUAUCCAAAUCUGCAUUUCAGAAUUUUGGGUCUUUUUAAUAUAUGCAUAUAUAUAAUUAUAACUUUUAAUUCAUUGAUUUAUUUAAGGUUUUUUUAUAUAUACCUCAAAGAUAUGGGUUCAAACUCUGAUAUUAUCUUCCUCCUCUUGUUGUUUGGGGUUUAUGUUUUGUAGCAAGAUGUACCAAAAAAAAACAAUACUUUUAAAUGUAAUUAUAUGUUCCAUAA